AUGCAAUCGCCACAAGGACCAAAUUUAUCACUACUCAAAAAGCUCUUCGUGGAGGUACAGAAGGAAUCCCGAUCAUUUUUGUACGAUCUCAGCCAGAAGGAAUAUAAAAAUAACAAAUUGAAGCAAAUAGUUUGGGCUGAAAUUGCCGAGUCGCUUGAACUACCAAGCGAGUCUUUCUUUUUAUUAGAAGAUGAAGUUCAAGUGCUCUGGAAACGCACCCGGAAUAAAUACAAAGCUGCACUUGCCAAGUCUAUCUUACCCAGUGGUAGUGCGCGGCGCCCACAAAAACAAAUGGAUUUGUUCUUGUUGCAGGAAAUGGAUUUUUUGCGACCGUUUAUAGAGGAUGCCGAGCAAGCAAUGUCCAUUUCUGAUGCGAUACCAACAUCGACGAACUACACCGACGCCAACACACAACGAAUUCAACAUUUGUUCGAUGAAAUGGCCACAGAUCCAGAGGUUAUAGACUGUUCCAUGGAUGAAUCUUCGUCAACGCCGAUUAUUCGCAAAAAGCCAAAAUCCGUGGAUUCCACUAAAGAUAUAGAGGCAAGCUUGCAACGAUUGGAAGGUAUUGCGACGAAAAUCCUCGCCACUCCGCGGGACCCGUUUUAUUCAUAUUUUGAAACGGAAAUGGAGAAAUUGUCUGACCCAGUGAAAGCAGAAUUCAAAUCACAAUUCAUAACUCAAAUUUAUGAAGCUCAAAAGAACAAAGAUUUUUAA